CUGGCGCCGCCAGAGCUCACCAUCUUGCCCAUGGGCUGGUCGCGGGCCCUCCACCUCUGCCAGUGCGUCUCGGAGGCCGUCCUCACGCGCGCCCGCAUGGCGCCCGAGCAGCAUGUCCGCGUCCACAGCUUGGGCGUCAGGCUUGGGCCACGGCUUCCCUCCGCAGGGGCUGCCUACGUGGACAUCUACCUGGUGGCUGGCUGCCAGCGCGCUAAGGUGCAGGCCGUGGCGCAGAAGGCCAGCUUCGCCGGCCUCGACCUCGACGGGCACGAGCACUCGGUGCGGGUCUCGGCCCGCCGCGCCUGGCGGUUCCGCUGCGCCAUCGAGGGGCCCCUGUGGCGCCCGAGGGUCAGGGGCGCGCUCCUCGAGAGCAUCCCGGGGCACUUCGCCUGGGCCAUGCUGCUCAAGAUGCGCUCGCUGGCCAUGUUCGACGCCGUCUACCCGUUCAGCGAGGCGGCGAAGGGCAAGGCGCCAG